AUGACAUCAGUUGUGUACUGCACAGAUCCAAAGGUUAUUAAAAGCUUGUGUCUAAAGUAUGAUACUAGCGGAAGAGGUGUAUUUGGAGUUUCUGAUUUGAAGAAGAUUAUGGAUGAUUUGGGUUUCAAUUUCUGCAAGGAAGAAAUUCAAGCUCUUGAAAUGUAUCUUGAUAAAAAUUCUGAUGGCCACGUUUCCUUUGAAGAAUUCGAACAAUAUUGGAUUAAAAUUGCAUCCACUUCAGAAUUAUCAAUUUUAGAAAAGAGAAUUGAGUUAUUGACUCAAGCAGCUGAUAUUUUCAGAAAAUAUGAUGUUGACUCUAAUCGUGUCAUUUCUCUGAGUGAAUUUGAAAAAUUCUAUAGAGAAUUAUAUGAACAAAAUAAGAAUGCAUCCAUGAAGGAAGUUGAGGAGGCAAUGAAGAGUUUGGAUACUAAUUCUGAUAGUGUUAUUAGUUUUCAGGAAUUUAUCAUUUGGCUUAAUUGGUUGAAUUUGAAUUAG